UGGCUCAACUUCAUUCAACCCAUUUUACCAAAUUCCAGUACGAGUUAUUCAAAUCAAGUAUAUUUAGUAAUUUACAUUCUUUAUUUCUUUAAGAUAACCAAUGGAUAAGUUUGUCGUCCGGUUACCAAGAAGUCUACCUGGAGAAGCUAGCAGGCCAAAGGAAAGGGCCACAUAUAAGCAAAUGACGAUUCACGACUUGAGGGGUGUUGUCGUAGUUGAAGAUGUGUUGAGGCUGAAAGCACAACUGGAGUUGAACAAUCAAGCUACAGAGGUAUUACUAUCAGCUCUACAUGAAAUUUCUGGCAAGCAACCGUCAGUCAAGGUUCUACAAGAAAUUAAGAUCGGACGUUCCGUGCGUAGGCUUAGUAAUCAUAGUGACCCCCAGGUGGCCAUCCUUGCUCGCGACAUCUGUGCAUCGUGGAAAUCAUUUAUCAGGGAGCGUCGAAGCCUGCCUAUGAUUGAAGUCAGAAGUGAUGCGAAGACGGAGUGCUUACGGCAAUCCGCCAGAAAGCUCAUAGCAGAAGCACUUGCAAUUGUGGAGACUAGUCUGAUCGUGGAAAGUAUAGAGCGAGAGGUGUAUCACCAGAGUCACAGAAUCCUCAACAGCAGCUACAGGAGGACGAUACGGAAGCUGGUGUUCAGACUUCGAGCGGAAGAUGCUACUGCCGAAAGUGUUCGGCUUGGGAACAUCUCAUCCCUUCUGUCUAGCAGCAGGCACUGAGGCAUUCAAAUCUCGUUAAUGACUUGAUCGGAUUUUAUGACGAAAUGUUCUUGCCUGCCUAUGCAUGUAGGCUUUUUUAUUUUUGUAACUGUAUAUAUUGAAAAUGAAUAGAUUUAUUAUAUUUUUA